AGGUCCGGAGAGCAGGGAUGGACUUAUCCACGUGGAUUCUGGCAACUCCAGGAGGGAGAGCUUCAGCAGGCGCUGAGGGAAGAACUUUCAAGCAAAGCUGGGUCCUUCAGGAAUGACUGCGGCAACCCUGAUGCUCAGAUGGAGUCCAGGCAGUUGACAGGAGUGAAGACCUUGCCAAUGGAGUGGGUGCUGGAGAAGGAGCUCUUUGGUGGGGACUAGGGGCCAAGGCUAGGCUGGCACGCCCAGCCACCACCAAUUAAUCCAUGGGUAUUGCCCAGCCUUGAGCCUAGAGCGUCUCCCAGCUCCUGGCCAGAGUCCUGGGUGUUCUGGGAACAAUUCCUAAACCCAGUAACUCCUCUCCCUGCUAGGCCUCUUUGUCACCGAGCCUCUGGAAUUUAGGGGCCAGCAGCUUUCUUACCCAGGUCAGCCAGGGAUUCCUGUUCUUUCCUCAAUUGCCCUUCCCCUGCCUGGUCCAUCUGUAGCCUGGCCCCUAGGAGGAAUUUCCUGGGCCACAGGGCAGCCGAAAGCACAGACGCCCACCCCAGCAACGUUCCCUUCACCUGCCCAGGCCAGUGCCCUGUGCCCAACCCCAGAGGGUGCGGGAUGACAGACUCUGACAAUCAUUAAACCAGCCGGGCCUGAUUUCCCAGCACCGCCUGCUAAGAUCCGGGCCAAGUGGCACUGAAUAUGCAAAUCACCUGGGGCCAGGAGCCCAGUCUAAAGGCCAGGAAAUCCCCUCCGUCCAAUGAGCCACCAGCUCAGGUUACUGCAGGGCUCGCACUAUAAAGACCCGAGCUCAGGGAGGAGCUCCCUCCAGGCUCUAUUUAGAGCUGGGUAGGGGAGCGCAGCAGCCAUACACCUCGGCGCUACCUGGCGGAACUACGUUUCUCUCCCGCCUGCGGCAUAAACCUGCCUGCCGGCCUGCCCGCCACAGCCGGACUCCGCCACUCCGGUAGCCUCAUGGCUGCAACCUGUGAGAUUAGCAACAUUUUCAGCAACUACUUCAGUGCUAUGUACAGCUCGGAUGACUCCACCCUGGCCUCUGUUCCCCCUGCUGCCACUUUUGGGGCCGAUGACUUGGUGCUGACCCUGAGCAACCCUCAGAUGUCAUUGGAGGGUACAGAUAAGGCCAGCUGGUCAGGGGAACAGCCCCAGUUCUGGUCGAAGACGCAGGUUCUGGACUGGAUCAGCUACCAAGUGGAGAAGAACAAGUACGAUGCCAGCGCCAUUGACUUCUCACGGUGUGACAUGGACGGGGCCACCCUCUGCAACUGUGCCCUUGAGGAGCUGCGUCUGGUCUUUGGGCCUCUAGGGGACCAACUCCAUGCCCAGCUGCGAGACCUCACUUCCAGCUCUUCUGAUGAGCUCAGUUGGAUCAUUGAGCUGCUGGAGAAGGAUGGCAUGGCCUUCCAGGAGACCCUAGACCCAGUCCCUUUUGACCAGGGCAGUCCCUUUGCCCAGGAGCUGCUGGACGACGGUCAGCAAGCCAGCCCCUACCACCCCGGCAGCUGUGGCGCAGGAGCCCCCUCCCCCGGCAGCUCUGACAUCUCCACCACAGGGACUGGUACUUCUCGGAGCUCCCACUCCUCAGACUCUGGUGGAAGUGACGUGGACCUGGAUCCCACUGACAGCAAGCUCUUCCCCAGUGAUAGCUUUCCUGACUGCAAGAAGGGGGAUCCCAAGCACGGGAAGCGGAAACGAGGCCGGCCCCGAAAGCUGAGCAAAGAGUACUGGGACUGUCUCGAGGGCAAGAAGAGCAAGCACGCGCCCAGAGGCACCCACCUCUGGGAGUUCAUCCGGGACAUCCUCAUCCACCCGGAGCUCAACGAGGGCCUCAUGAAAUGGGAGAAUCGGCACGAAGGCAUCUUCAAGUUCCUGCGCUCUGAGGCUGUGGCCCAACUGUGGGGCCAAAAGAAAAAGAACAGCAACAUGACCUAUGAGAAGCUGAGCCGGGCCAUGAGGUACUACUACAAACGGGAGAUCCUGGAACGGGUGGAUGGCCGUCGACUCGUCUACAAGUUUGGCAAAAACUCCAGCGGCUGGAAGGAGGAAGAGGUUCUCCAGAGUCGGAACUGAGGGUCGGAACUAUAUCCGGGACCAAACUUAUGGGCCACUCGAGGCCUGCAACCCCUCCUGGGAGGACAGGCAGGCCAGAUGGCCCCUCCACUGGGGAAUGCUCCCAGCUGUGCUGUGGAGAGAAGCUAAGUUUUGGUGUAUUGUCUGCCAUCGUCCUGGGACUCGGAGACUGUGGCCUCGCCUCCCCGACCUCCUCUUGGAAUUACAAGCCCUGGGGUUUGAAGCUGACUCUCUAGCUGCAAGCAUGUCUCCUUUUAUCUGGUGUCUCCUCAAACCCAGACUAAACGGAGACGGCACCUUCCUCCUGCAGACACGUGGACUGAGCCAGGGAGGCCUGGGGAGGCCCUAGGGGAGCGCCGUGAUGGAGAAGACAGAGCAGGGGCUCCAGCACCUUCUUUCCGGACUAGCGUUCACCUCCCUGCUUGGUGCUUGGGCUCCACGGGCAGGGGUCAGAGCACUCCCUAAUUUAUGUGCUAUAAAUAUGUCAGAUGUACAUAGAGAUCUAUUUUUUCUAAAACAUUCCCUUCCCACUCCUCUCCCACAGAGUGCUGGACUGUUCCAGGCCCUGCGGUGGGCUGAGGCCGGGACCCCGAGGAUGGGGCUCCUGGCUCCUUUCUCCUGUGAAGGGAGGCAGAGACCUCCAAUAAAGUGCCUUCUGGGCUUUUUCUAA